AUGAGACAGCUGACUGAAGAAGAAACUAAAGUGGUAUUUGAAAAGCUUGCAGGCUAUAUUGGCCGAAAUAUCGCAGCUUUGAUUAACCGAUCAGAUGAAUUAUACUGUUUCAGAGUGCAGAAAGACCGAGUUUACUAUGUAAGCGAGAAGCUGGCUAAGCUCGCUACUUGUGUGGCUCGUCCUAAUCUUAUGUCACUGGGUGUCUGUCUCGGAAAGUUCACAAAAACUGGAAAGUUUAGACUCCACGUCACAUCAUUAGAAAUCCUUGCCAAACAUGCCCAACACAAGGUCUGGAUCAAACCUAACGGAGAGAUGCCUUUCUUAUACGGUAACCACGUUUUAAAAGCCCAUGUUGGUAGAAUGAGCGAAGAUAUUCCAGAACACAGCGGACUAAUAGUAUAUGCAAUGAACGAUGUUCCACUGGGAUUUGGUGUUGCUGCCAAAUCGACGGCUGAAUCCCGACGAGUUGAGCCCAACGCUAUUGUCACCUUUAGACAGAGUGAUAUUGGCGAGUAUCUCCGUGAAGAAGAUUCUCUCUUCGCCUAA